AUGGACCCUCAUGAUACACACAAUUACUUCCUGCACAAAGAAAAUUUUCAACAAUUAUUAAUGUAUUCAGCAACGAAAUCAAACACACCUCCUCGGACAAGUCAACUAUUCAUUCGAAUCAUUUCUAAUGAAGCAUUUUCGCAUUUGAUAAAUCGCAGAUAUCUUCUAGGAAGAUUUCACCUCUGCAUUUAUUUUCCAUUGGUUUAUCAAGAUCCUUGGCUGAUAGUUAAAGGCAAAGAAACUCUUCGCUUGCCACACAUCUUCAUUAACCGAAAAAGGAACCAAAACUACGAAUUUCUAUCAAGGGCACAAGCGAGAUCUUCUUUACAUACUUCAUUGAGGACACAUUCUAUCGAUUAG